AUGAUGCGCUACGCAGCCUUGACUCUGGCCGCUGCUGGCCUGGCUUCUGCCCAGACCUUUUCCACUUGCAACCCCGUCAAGGGCGACACAUGCCCUGCCAACACCGCUUUCGGCGGCGAAGCCAGCUAUGACUUCCGCACCUCCAAGAACAUGAACGACCUCGAGUCAUUCUUCAUCGUCGACGGCGGCAUCAAGUACAACCCCAAAGUCCUGUCAUUCUCCGCCGACACGGGCUGCGAGAUGACCAUCUUCGAGGAGAGCAACGCCCCGACCCUCACCUCAAAGAACUACCUCUUCUUCGGCAAGGUCGAAGUUGAACUGCAGGCCGCCCCCGGUCGCGGCAUCGUCACUAGCAUUGUCCUGCAGUCUGACGCCCUGGACGAGAUCGAUUGGGAGUUUGUUGGUGCUGACCAAACCCACGUUCAAACCAACUUCUACGCCCUUGGUGUCAACGACUACACCCGCGCUCGCUACUACGAGGUCCCCUUCAACCCAAUGACCAGCUUCCACACCUACACCAUUGAGUGGACCAAGGAGUCCAUCAUCUUCUCCAUUGACGGAAAGGUCUACCGCACCGCCACCCCUGCCGAGGGCAACUACCCGCAAACUCCCAUGCAGCUGAAGCUCGGAACCUGGGUCGGUGGAAAGGGCACUGCCCAGGGCACCAUCGACUGGGCUGGUGGUCUCGCUCAGUGGGAUCAGGCUCCCUUCGCCGGUCACUACCGCUCCCUCAAGGUUUGGGACUAUGCUGGUGGUGACAAGGCUGGUGCCAAGCAGUACGAGUACUCCAAGGGCUCCGACGGCAAGUGGCAGAGUAUCCAGAUCAUCGGCGCCGGCGAGAAGAGCGGCAGCCCUGGCAGUGUCGGCAACGUCGCCAGCCCCAAGCCGGAAAAGUCCAGCGACAAGGACGACAAGAACAAGGCCCAGCAGUCCGAUGCCCCGACACAGAGUGCUAAGAACACUACCACCGUCAUCCAGACUCCCACCACCAGCGCCCCGGUCGCGUCCUUGACUGUCGCCGCCAACACCACGACCACGCAUGCUAAUGGCACGUCAUCGACCCUGACGAGACUGGUCUCCACCUCUGGAUCCCCCACCGGAUCUGUCAACGCUCAGACGACUCUCCCUUCCACAACUAGCGGCACUCCCGCUCGAACGAGCGCUCCGGCGCCCGCUGCCGCGUCCACUUUGCAGAGCAGCUUCUUCGUUGCAGGUGUCGCGGCUUUGUUCGCUGCCAUGAUGCUGUAA